UGUGCUUUUAACAUGUUUUAUCAACGCUGCUAUGAAGCAAAGCACAGCAAAGCACUUUGCUGCAUUUAGACUAAAGACAGCUCACUUAAACUCUCUGUAUUCGUUGAGACUUCAUGAGGGGUAGAGUUGUCGUCUGCGUGCUGUUGCUUCAGAGGAUUAACAUUAGCUAGGUGACUGAGCUAGCUAAUAAUAACACUGUCAGUGACAAGUUGGGCUUAAAGCUGCCCAGUUCUGGACGCAUUUCUUCACUCUGCAAGCUUUUACAGAAAUGACAGUCAAAGACGUAUUCGUGUCUGCUCCAGGGAAGGCGAUCCUCCACGGAGAGCAUGCGGUGGUGCACGGAAAGGUGGCUCUUGCUGUGAGUUUGAACCUGAGGACAUAUUUACGGUUGAAAGGCACCACGACUGGCAACGUUUGCAUCAACCUCCCAAAUAUCGACACUUUCCUCUGCUAUGACCUUUCUGAGCUGAAGCAGCUUAUUCCUGUUUCCUGCGGUAAGCGUGAGGAGGGAAAACCUCUAGAUGCUGAACUUGUGAGGAAACUGCGUGAAUUUAUCGGUGUCACCAAUGGAAACUUGGACAAUUGCAACAUGGCCACCCUAUCCUUCCUCUACAUCUACAUCUCACUGUUCGGAUCAAGUGAGCUGCCCAGCCUGACGGUGUCCGUGUGGUCGGAGCUGCCCACCGGAGCGGGCCUGGGGUCCAGUGCUGCCUACUCGGUGUGUUUGGCUUCAGCUCUGCUCUGUGCAAGUGGAGCCAUCCCUGCUCCCCUCAAAGAGUCGGAUCAAAGUGCAAGGUGGUGUCAGGAGGACCUGGAGCAGAUCAACAGCUGGGCUUUCCAGGGGGAAAUGAUCAUCCAUGGUAAUCCUUCAGGAGUAGACAACGCUGUAGGAACCUGGGGUGGCAUGCUGAGAUUCUUGGCCGGGAAGAUAAUACCACUGAGCAGGGUGCCGUUGUUAAGAAUCCUGCUCACUAACACCAAAGUACCACGUAGCACCAAGGUACUUGUUGCCGGGGUGAAGGACAAGAUUAACAAGUUCCCCUCCAUCAUGACCCCGGUGCUUGACUCAGUUGAUGCCAUUUCCUGCACUUGUGAGAAAAUCCUCUCAGAGAUGACCUGCGAGCCCAUCACUGGAGAGCACUAUAAUAUUCUAGAGGAGCUCAUUGACAUUAACCAGCACCAUCUGAAUGUGAUGGGCGUGGGACACCCCUCCCUGGACACACUGUGCCAGGUCACAUUGACCAAAGGGCUCCACAGCAAGCUCACCGGCGCGGGGGGAGGGGGCUGCGGCAUCACCCUUCUGAGACCAGAGACGGACUCCUCUGUUGUCCAGACUACAGUGCAGGACUUGAAAGACUGCGGCUUUGACUGCUGGGAGACGAGUAUUGGCGGGCCGGGGGUCCAGCAGCACUCUCCGCUCUCUGUUAAGGAGGAAGUUCUGGAGAUUUUAAACCGUUACUGAGACGGGGGCUUAACAAGAGGACAGUUUGUCUUUUACGGUGUUUACCUAAAGAACUGAGGUAUGCUCAACUCAUGAACUGAGCCCAAUGGACCAAGGAACAUUUCACACUGAAGGAGACGGAAAGAGCGUCCUACAUUUUCUUGUUGGAAGACUAACUGUUUUGAAACUAACAGCAAAAGCUACUGUGUCUCUAACGAAUUACUGAUAUUAAUUUUAAACUGUGUGAACAUGACUAAAUGGUACAAUGGUACGCUUUGUCCACAAGAUGGCAUCGGAGUUGCACCGAUGCUUUUUCUAUGCAACCGGAGUUAUGGUAAGGGGAUCUGAUACAUUGAUUCAUGUCUAAGUGAAGCGCUGGCAGGAUUCAUUUAUAUUUUAAUCAAAAUGUUCAACAAAGUACAGCCAACAUACCUUAAUGGAUAAGAUGAUUGUCAUUAAUUGCUCGAUGUUUGCAUUGCACUGUUGUUGGAUAACAGCUAGAAUGAAAGUAGUCACUUUACAGAAAUUAUGAUGAAGUUUGAUAAAUAGAUUUUUGAUUAUUCAACAAAA